AUGAUACCAAAAGAUAUACAGGCACAAGCACCUGAUACAUCCCCAAGCUUUUCAAGCGUAAGAGUUGUGCAGAAGAAUCUUGUGUACAUAAUAUGCAUUCCACAGAAGUAUGCAUAUGAAGAUAUUCUGUGUAGGAAUGAAUUCUUUGGGCAGUUUGGGAUCAUCAAGAAGAUAGUUGUGAACAAGCGUGCAUCUUCGCUGGAGUCAACAGCCAGUGCAUAUAUUACAUACAGCACAAACCAGGAGGCAAGGACAUGCAUACAAGAAGUUGAUGAAAGCUUGCUGGAUGGAAAGGUUCUGAAGUGCACAUACGGGACAACGAAGUACUGCACAUUUUACUUGAAGAAUUCAAUAUGCCAGAAUGGAGAUUGCAUGUAUCUGCAUGAGAACAAGCCGCAGAAGGAUCUAUUGACAAAGGAUGAGAUGUGCAAUUCAAAGCAUAAGCUUCAUGAAUUCGAAGCGAAGAACAAGAACAAAAAGAGAAUAGGAAGGAAGUAUGACCUUGACAUCCUCAACGAGCUGUUUAAACACAAAACAUCAAGAGUGUUUAAAGCACCGGACAAGAUUCUGUUUGAGCCACUAGACUUCACAAAUUGA